AAGGGGUGUGAACAUACGGUGCAGCCAACGGCACAGACAAACAAAGAUAACUACUGGAAAUGUGAAGUGGCGGCAAUAAAGGGCAAACCUUAUGUUUGCUGCUUGCCUGCCUGCCAGCAGUGUGGACAAGAUUCUCCAGUGCGCCAUGUGCCCAAGAGGGGCGGGGUGGGUGGCAGAGUAUAGGGACAGAGGGAGCGAGGGAGAGAGAGGAGGGCAGGACUGGCAGGGUGCGGUCUGAAGUGGCAACAGAUCGUUUUGGAUCACUCAAAUCUCUUCAAUUCAACUGGAAAGCUGCAGCCUGUUGCACGCCGGCCGCAUGGAGAGGAAAAAAGCUUUCAGUGCAGAGAGGGCACCCACCAAACAGCGAGCGAAAGUGGCUGAUGUUGUGACAGUUUCCCAGAGCAAAAGAAAAGAGAGGGAGAGAAACCACAACACUGCAACUUGGAUAUCAGUGACCGCUCUCUCUCUUUAACUCUCUCACCCACCAAAUCGACUUUGAACCUGUUUGUUUAAAUACACGGACUUUACAGCCUGCGCUCUUACUGUUGAUUCUGUAAGGCGGUGGGAGCGAAGUUUCUCAAUUUGGGUCAAUGUUUCGGAGAGGCUAAAAACUUUUUUUUUUCUUUUGAUAUCCUGAUGUUGCCCCGUUCAGCCGAGGUGCUGAUCUUCAUUUACCCGAGCUUUUCGGACGUGGGGUUCCAACUGUCACGGACAAUGGAGUCGGGAACCAAACCGGGGAGGUACUGAAGACAUCUCUCUCCCCCGGGAGAGACCUCCCUCCCCCCGGGGCGAUGCGGAUCUCCUUCCUCCUUCUCACCGCCUCUCUGUGUGCCUUGGUCCUCCUCCUCGCACCUGCCUCGGAGGGCUGCGGACCGGGGAGAGGGCACGGCAAGAGGCGGCUCCCGAAGAAGCUCAUCCCGCUCGCCUACAAGCAAUUCAGCCCCAACGUCGCCGAGAAGACCCUGGGAGCCAGCGGGCGACCAGAGGGCAAAAUAACACGCAACUCCGAGCGCUUUAAAGAACUGACGCCGAAUUACAACACAGAUAUAAUCUUUAAAGAUGAAGAGGACACUGGCGCCGACAGGCUCAUGACCCAGCGUUGUAAAGACAAGUUAAACUCGUUGGCCAUCUCUGUGAUGAACAUGUGGCCAGGCAUGAAGCUGAGAGUGACUGAGGGCUGGGACGAAGAUGGUCACCAUUCGGAGGACUCCCUGCACUAUGAGGGCCGAGCUGUGGACAUCACCACGUCAGACAGGGACAGAAAUAAGUAUGCCAUGUUGGCUCGCUUGGCCGUAGAAGCUGGAUUUGACUGGGUCUACUAUGAGUCCAAAGCCCACAUUCACUGCAGCGUCAAGUCAGAACAUUCAGUGGCAGCCAAAACGGGCGGCUGUUUCCCAGGUGAUGCUCAGGUUACCCUCGAAGGCGGGGCCACUAAACAGAUGCAUGACCUUCUCCCUGGCGACCGUGUCUUGGCUUCCUCGACAACAGAUGGUCUUGGUCCCCUUCUCUACAGCCCAGUCUUGUCCUUCCUGGACCGCCAGCCUGCCGUCGCAAAGAUCUUCUACACUAUCGGGACAGACGCGGGACUUAAUAUUACUCUCACAGCAGCUCACCUGAUCUUCGCUGCAGACUGCUCUGCUAGGCUGAGUGAGCCUGGGACGAAUGAAACGGCGGAGGAGACACUACCGGGUCCCAUUUGGGAGGGCAGGCCAGGCUGGAGAGCAGGUCUGAGGACAGUUUUUGCCAGCGAGGUCCGGCCGGGACAGUGUGUGUUAACGUCAGCUGGGAAAACGAGAUCACAGGCAAGACUUUCGGUGGUGACUUUUGUGGAGGAGCAGAGGAACACUGGGUUGUACGCCCCACUCACCCAGCACGGGUCUAUAGUGGUGAACGGUGUGGUGGCAUCCUGCUAUGCUGCUGUGGACAGUCACUAUUUGUCCCACUGGGCCCUGGCCCCACUGAGAUUCUUCUACAGCCUGACAGGGCCUUCAGAAGCGCAGAGCGAUGGGCUGCACUGGUACCCUUGGCUUCUACAGAAGCUGGGGAAAAUACUGCUGGACACCGGACACUUCCACCCCUGGGGUGUCGAACAGUGACAUCAACAGCAGCCGCAGAGAAAUGACUGGUGGCGUACCUGUUUUCAGGAUAACCAAAGUACAGAGUACAUCUUUCCUUCUAUUCAGCGGAAAGCGAUCAACCGAACACUAAAGACAAUCAAUUUUAUUGUGUAAAUAUAUUUUCCACUUGCCUGUACUUGCUGUACUUAAAGAAAACUUUUAAAAUGCACAUUUAAAAUUGAUCAAGUUGACGAAAGUGAAGGCGUGAGAGACAAUGGUAUAAUUUUCAUGAGAUUUGCAUUGGACUUAGAUGUGGCAGAAAACCUGAAAUACAGACAUAGCAGCAGUAGAUUUUAAUAUAUUUCAUUUUCCCUCAGAAAACCCACGAGAUCAAAAGCAGGGAGCAUGACACAGAUCUAGAUCUAGAUUUUUUGUUUUACACCAAAAAAUAAUCAGUGAAGUAAGACAGUCAGGUCUCAUCACUCGCUUGUUCUGAAUUUGCCGUGAUCUGUCAGCCCACAGAUGCAGUUAGAAGAGACAUAAAAGAAUCUUUAGAGAGCUAUGUGCAUAAGAGAGAAACUUCAAGUGAACACCUGAAGGGAACACUUUAGGAGGAGGAAGAGGAGGAGGAGGAGGAAUGAAGAAUAGCACAGAGAACGCUCAUGACUGAACAAGGAGAGAUGUGAGGCUCUAUAUGUACAUAGGUAUUUAUACAGUUAAGUCACACUAGGUAGGAAAUGAAUUAACUUUACACAGUCUUCACUGCAGUGAAUUCUUUAUUCUUCUUUUCAGAGCCCGUUCUGUAUAUCAGAACUAAUUUACAAACCGUUAUUUAACUGCAUAGUUUAUAAAGUUCACUACAGCGUGGAUAAUGAUGUUAUAUCCGUCUGCUGAAUGCUGCGUGGCCGUGUGCUGCAUGCUGUUGGACUGUACUGUAGUUUGAACUAUUGAACGGCAGGGAACCCAGAUGAGGAAACAGCACUUGUGUUGCGGCGUGUGUACAAUUGGUCACUUACUGAUGCAGGACAGAUGCAUGGUGCUACAAUGGCCACCCUGUCUCCUUACCUGUUUUUUUUUCCAAGUCUGCUUUCACACAUUCAAUUGUCUCAAACUGUUUCAUGUGGCUCAUUCAUACAUCUUCAUGUUUUCAUCAGAUGUUUUAUUUAAAGGUCUACUUGUUUUUCACUGUUUCGGGUUUUCAGGUCAGAAGUAUCUUGUUAAAACAAGACUCAGGCUGUAUUCAACUACUGUAUUAAGUAACAGCUAUGCAUCAUAUUAAAUAGUAAUUAUUUUUAUUCUUGAAUAAUAAGAGUUUAUUUUAUAGCUCUCCUUUGCAUGGUCUUUUAUUUUUUAUAUACAUCUGUUACCCCAGACUUAAGGCCCUGAUAGGCAGAGAUGCAGCAAAUCUGACUUUUAACACUUACGCUAUGGGAAGCAGAUCUCAUCCUGUGAUACGUUACUGGGUAGGCGUGAAAUUUUGUAGUUGUCCAAAUGCCCUUCCGGUCUAAAAUCAUUGAGUACGCUCAGACUCAGAUAUUUGCAGUUGUCUGGGAACUCCAAGGUAUUCAUCUAUGACUGCUCAAAGAUUUGUCAAAUAUGUAUAUUAAGCUAUUGUUGGAGAGACUAUUUAAAGAUCUAUUUUUAGAAAAUAAUGUAAAAAUAUUGUUAUUCUGUUUGCAACUCUGUUCAUAAAAAAUACUGUAUUUGAAACAAACUUUUUUUUGUUUUGUUUGUUCAGUCCAGAGGAAAAAAAGCCACAAGCCAUGACAAUCAAGAAAUAGUCUCUGCAAUAAAGUCAGUUGUAAUGUCAUUAAGCCUGUUCUGAUACAAUAAUCAUUUUAGAGGUUCUACUGUGAGGCUAGGAAGAGAGUUUCAAACACGUGCUAGCAGUCAUGUUUGGCUUGUUGAUUGAUGACCAACAAUAACACAGUGAUCGCUGUUAAAGUCAUGGGAAAGUGAAAUAUCUGUAGCACGAUCUGAGCACAGCUUCAGCUGCUGUGGUUACAGGGUGGGCUGCUGGUUGGUUUCAGUACCACGGACAGCAGCUCUCAGCCAGGCUCUUCUUUCCUCUGCUUGAUCUGAAAGAGUCUUUCUUUUUUCCCCAGAAUGUAGUCUUUGGACACAGCACACCCUGCUGGACGCUACUGCACAAAGCAGAGAAGACGUAAUAAUAAUAAUGAUAAGUUAACAGAAGAAAGGGGCCCAGUAGUUGAGGAGAAAUACACUGAGCAGCCACAAUAUUAAAACCACUGACAGGAGAAGUAAAUAAAAUUGACCUUCUUGUGAUGAUACAAUGUUCUGCUCAGAAACUUUUGGACCUGGCAUUCACAUGGAUGUUACUUAGACAUGUACCACCCGCCUAGAGCAGAACACCCCCCUUUUGAACUUUUUUGUAGGACUGAAAUACUUCAUCCUAAAAUCAUGAGUAUCCUGAUGCCAGCAGAUGGUUGGAUUUUAAAAAGACAAUGUAAUCCAACAUUAAAACAGCUCAAAUAAUAUAACAUUCAUAUCACGUAUAAUACAGUAUAUACCAUGCAUGUAUUGACAGUUUACCUUGGAUUUGAUUAACCAUUACAAUGACAGAGAUGACGAGUGUGAGACUUUCAGGACAACAACAUAAAGCUACAUUAAAAUAAAUCUCAUCAUGCAACUGUCAAUAUCAAACUAAAAUAUGUUUACUUUUAGUUAAAUUAUAGAGAUUUAUUGAUAGUUACAUAAUCUUUUAUAGUUAUAGCAUCUAUUAUUGCACAUAUUGUCAGUCAACCAUGCUGAAUGAACACCAAAGGUUGGUCUGGAUCUUCCACAGACAACAACAAACAUCAACACUGAGAGGGUGAUCGCGCUCUGUCCUGAUUUAUUAAUGUGUAUUUCUUUAUUUGUAUUUAAUUGUUGAAGAUCACAUGAUGGUCUGACUGUUUAAGAUUAUUUAAUAAUGGAAUGAGUUCUCUGUUUUGUUGUUUUUGUCCUGUCUUCUUUAUAUAUAUAUAUAUAUAUAUAUAUAUUCCAGGCUGGCUGGUAUAUCUGUUGCGCUUUAAAUAACUAGCUAUCAACACAUGCAAUAUGUCGUCACAUUCAAAGUUCUGGUAAACUAAAUUUGAUGAUUUGAAUCUUGAUAAGUUUGUGUCUGGAUUGGGCAGAUCCAACCCAAUGCUGCUUUGGAAAAAAAUAAAAUGGCACAUGGAUGAAUUACCUGAUUCCACAUAAUGACACAAUUUCCAAGUUCAGAUCAUUCUGGUCAAGAUUUAAGGACAAUUUUGUUUUUAAUAACCUCAACUAGGGUGGUUUGUUUUGCAGUGGAGCUGUGGCCUAAUGGUUACAGAAGCAGCUUUGAGACUGUGGAGUCACCGAUAAAAUCACCAAUAUGAUUGAGGUGCCUUGCGCAAACACCACUGCUUCAAGUGUUUUUCACUUGAACAUAUUGGGCACACAUGGGACAUAUGUACAUAUACACUUUACCUGGCAAGAUAACCCUAACCUGGUUUUAUUACUUUUUACUAUUUACUUUUUAUCUGCAACCUCAAAACCAGGAUUAACUACUAGAGAAAGAAUGCUGACUGUUUCAUUACUAAAAAAAUAUCAAAACAGACCCCAAGAAAGAAGAAGAGAACCUCAAAAAUGUGUAUCCUAGGUAUUUUUUUUAUUAUUAUUGGUCAGUUAGGUACAGGAAAAAAAACUUUUUGUCAUAUCCCAUAGCGCGUCGCUGCAGGAGACUGAUCCAUAAAGACAGAUACAGAACCAGACUCAGGUAAAACAUUCACCAAUUUAUACAUUAAAAUUUGGAAACGAGGAGUCAGAGUGAUUGGUUUACCUAUCAUGUGCAGGUGUUGUUCUCACAUGAGGCUUUUUCAAUACACAUGAAAAAAAUCAUGCACAUCCUGGCGGUUAAAAUACUGAAAACCGUUACAAAAAAAUCUGUCCACCUGAGUCUGGUGGCUUUAAACGUAUCUCUAUGCGCGCCGUCUCCGGAUAAUUAACUCUGUUUGGACCACGAUACUCAGCAACAUUUUGAGGCAAGGCUGAUGGACAACCAUUAAUUAUGAUCAGGACGGAUUGGAGAGAGAGACAGAAUAGUAGUAAAACGCACACUGCAACGGCCCACCACCAUUCGUUAUAUAUCAAGAUUAACAAAAAUAAAGUUAAAAAAUAAAUAAAUAAAAAAAUUGCUUGUUUCAAUUGCCUCAAAUGUGACUCAAGUAUCACUGUCUUAAAUUAAGGGUGUUCACACAACAACACAUGGGAAGUCAGCAUGCUCACAGUAACUCACAUACAGAUAUGAAUGUCUUUAUAGAAUAUGUAUCUGUCAUCACAGCUUGGCAAAAUUACACUUAUACACAACAAAUGCACAAUAACACCUGGAACCAGAAUACCAGCCAGUGGAAAAAGACCCAAUACGUUUUGCCUCCGUCCUGUCAGAAUAGCGUCUUGUAAAACGGAUGACCUUAUCCUCCCGGUAGACGGUGGUGGUAUCGUCCAAUAACAAUAGCCUAUAGAUAAAGAUUUAUGUUUCUCAAACAACACACACACACACACACACGAUCGUACACACAUACAGAUUCUCUCACGCUUAUUACAUGUUAACAACAUCAUGAGAAUCUCUUUUAAGUCUGACUGAACGAAUGACUGAGUGUGAGAUAGAUUUUAACUACCUGCGCGGCUACGUCGAGAGCAGUAAACCUUAUAGAAGUACAAAACACUCCGUAACAUCCUCGGUUGGCAAUUAUGUUGACAUAGUUACAUAGGCUAUACGUAGUCCUUGCUUGGCAGCAUACAAAAAUAAAAGAAGUUGCUCUGGUGCAUAUUCAGAAUUAUCUGCAUUUCAGUUUCUCUAUGCAACUGUUUUUCGGCACGUUUUUCUUUUGUUUUUUUUUAAACGAAUGAGGCUGGCUCAGUUUUUUAUAUAUUUGAUUAGUGUUAGGAUGUUGCCACAUUUAUAAAUAUAACUCGUAGACUACCAGUAGCAGCUUCUCAUCGAUGUGGUUUUGUGGCUAGCUUAUCGGCAAGCCCGACUAAUGCAUAUUUAGAAUCCCUUGCGGAAAAAAAAAAAACAACCACACAA